GUACAUACUAAGCCUCGCUGCAUCUGCAGGACUCAGCCUCACUGCAUGCAUGCAUGCAUGCAUACAACCAGGACAUACCUACAUACCAACUUGUCAAACCUUCCCCGUCUUCCAUGAUACCAAACUCGACACUCGACACCACCAACGACCAUAAAACCAGCUCCCCAGAAACUCAUACGCCAUAUUCCAACACCAGCCAUCUCCAACAAUGACAGCUCUCUCCCAGUCCCAACCCCAACCGCAGGACCCCUCAUCCUCCUCCUCCCCGGCGCCCUCUUCACACCCGCCGCACCUCCACGCCAUACCCCUCAACGACCAACCCAUCGAACUCCCCACCACGGAACCAACCCCUGCUAAACCCGUAAAACAAAUCGGCAUCGGAAUCGUGAGUCCCAACCUCGGCGAAGCCGAAGACAUCGACAAGGAAUUCCUGGGCGAGAAGGACGACGUUGGUGUCGGGAGGGUGUUGAGGGAGAAGCGCAAAGUCCUCCUCGAAUCGCGAAGCAGAGACCCCGGCGUCAUAGUCGAUUUGCCGCGGGAGCCGACGGCCGAGGAGGUGUUGGCGGCGAGGAGUGCGGAGGGAGCGGUUACGCCUGCGUUGGGCGGUGGGGGCGGGGAGGAGGAGGUUAAGGGGUGAGAGGUCGAUUCCCGUAUUGAAGAGGUCCUGUCGUUGG